GAGGAGUCCUUUGGGUAUAGGGGUUGUUAAGGGAUUUAUUGUUUCUCUCCGUCUUGAACCGAAAUUGUUUUCGAUCUCCUCAGUUCCACAACCAAAUAACGAAACGUUGAAAUGGCUGGCGGUAAGGCAGGAAAAGACAGUGGCAAGGCCAAGGCGAAAGCAGUGUCGCGCUCCCAGAGAGCUGGACUUCAGUUCCCAGUGGGUCGUAUCCACAGGCACUUGAAGACUCGUACUACCAGCCAUGGCCGUGUAGGAGCCACAGCGGCCGUGUACAGUGCUGCCAUCCUGGAGUACCUCACCGCUGAGGUACUGGAGUUGGCGGGCAACGCUUCCAAAGAUCUGAAGGUGAAGCGCAUCACCCCUCGCCACUUGCAGCUCGCUAUCCGUGGAGACGAGGAGUUGGACUCCCUCAUCAAGGCCACCAUCGCUGGAGGAGGAGUGAUCCCUCACAUCCACAAGUCCCUGAUUGGGAAGAAGGGCCAGCAGAAGACUGCGUAGACAGACAUCUUGUUGACUGUGAAGGAUUUUAUUCGGACUGGACUGUGUUCGGAGACGCUUGUAUUCAGACUUACUUGACCGACCAGAACUUCACAUUUUCUUUUAUUAAUAUUAUAGCUAACGAUGAUGAGUGAUUGUUACGGUUUUGUCAUUAUUGUAAUAUUUCCCAUAACUAGAAAAACUCAAACACAUUUGGAUUAGGGCUGGGCGACUGGCCUAAAAAUCGGAUCGUAAUUUAUUUUUUAAUUUAUGGGCGGUUCCUAAAACAUGUAAUAGUUUUCUUGUACAAUUUUAAAGGUCAAAUAGUCAAGCAACAAUCUAAUUCAGGACUUGUGAAAUUAUACCUGGGCUCAAUAAAAGCCUUCUACAACAUAAGAUCACUAAUAAUUUAAAUAUUUUAUCAAUUUUAACCUGCUUUUUUGCAAUCACUGAUCUGGUUUAUGAAAAUUCCCCUUUUCUAACAAAUUUAACCAGAAUCAUGCAUAAUGUACAUUAACUAAUAAUUAAUAACUUCUUGUAGCAGGCGUUAUAGAAAAUUAACACUGGUCUCAAGCGCAAGCCCACAUGCUAGUAGGUAGCCAGCUAAUCUUUGUAUUUCACAUUUAGUGUACUUGGGUCUAUUUGCUAGCUAACAAGGCAGAACAGUUGCAUUAUAAUAAUAAAUUAUGAACACACCCUUCUGUUUCCAACUGUUUAAACAGCAUGCUAUCCUGUCCACUUUGUUCAGAUGUUGAAAUCAAGUGGCCUAACUUGUCAGAAUGAGAAGUUGCCAAUCAUAUUGUUUUAUGACUAGACAGCUAGUAUAAGUCUUUGGCUAAAAUGCUGCUUCGUGUAAAUGGUAGUGCAAUGCUGCGCGCGACAAACUGAGCAUUCAUUUCCAUAGACGCGCUCUUUUAAUUAGUGUCUGCUCUGCGUGCAAUUUGAGUAGUUAAGACAAAGGGUAUCGUCAGAAAAGGUAACUUCUCCUCUUGUUACAUUAAAAUGUCCAUAUGACCGGUUUUCUGUUGGACCAAACCUUAAAUGCAAAUAGCAAGUUGAAACCAAUUGUCGGAGAGGAAGAACUGAUCUCAUCUUUAUGAGUGGCAGGGGGAGUGUGAACCAUAGAGCACGUGUCAAACUUAUUCCACAGAGGGCAGAGUGUUUGCGGGUUUUCACUCCUCCCUUGUACUUGAUUGACAAAUGAAGGUCCCUAAUUAGUAAAGAACUCCCCUCAUCUGGUUGUCUUAAUUGAAAACAUCCGCAGACACUAGGCCCUCCAUGGAAUGAGUUCGACACCCCUGCCGUAGAGGCGAGAGGUUUCACUCGCACCAAAAUCUGUCCAAAAUAAGGCCAAUGGGAUUGAGCUUAGUUUGGAUUUAAUCUUGUCGCCUGCCUUUGGGACGACUCCCACUGUUAGGGUGGAGACAUGCAUCUCAUCAUUAUAUACAGAUCUCUGGUGUUAGUGGGAAGGAGCGAAGAAGAUGAGACCAAAAAGACAUGAGAACAAGCAGACAAUGACACUCAUAAAAAUGAAAAAGACAAUACACCUCUUCUUGCGAUACAGGCAUUUAGAAUAUUGCACAAAUUCGAAUUAAUCAAAUUAAUUCGAUAUCGCCCAUUUUUUUUAAUUUUUAGAUUGUUGGGCAGGACGGGGAAAUAAUCAUACGUUUGUUAUUGUGACAGUUGAAUUUGUUUUGAUUGGCAGGGCUUCGUAAAUGUUUUAUACUGAAAAUUGAAUUAAAACUCAUUUUUUAUAAAAACGAA